GAAUUUGACAAUUCACGAAACAAUGAGACGAAUAUGCUUCAGAUUACUAUGGCUAUAGCGAGCGAACGGGCAGUGCCAACUUGGGAAGGCAUCUUACGCGAGUCCAACGUCGAAAAUUAAUUCAUUCAUAGUUCAGGCUGUCGGUCCUGUGUCAGAAACAAAACUCUUAGUUGAUACCCGAAGAUCAAGAUCGUCUCCUGAGAAUAAAAGGACAAGGCUUCCUUUCUUUCCCACUAAGUUUGCUCGCUACGCGCCAGCAAUGCUCCGCUUAAAAAUAUUCGCUCUUUUAUCUACACCUCUAUUGUCUAGCGCCCAGACUUUCACGGCUUCGAAUGGUGCCCCGAUUAAUCAGCCUUAUUCGUGGACUCGCGCAGGACCGAAUGGUGGCCUUCUGUUGCAAGAUUUCGCCGCUGUCGACCUCCUAGCUCAUUUUCAUCGAGAGCGUAUUCCUGAACGCGUCGUCCAUGCCAAAGGUGCUGGUGCUCAUGGCUACUUCGAAGUGACUCAGGACAUGAGCGCAAUCACCUCAAACAAGCUCCUUAGUUCGCCUGGAACAAGGGCAAACAUAACUGUGCGGUUUUCUACUGUUGGCGGCGAGUCUGGGAGUGCAGAUACUGCUCGCGAUCCUCGUGGUUUCUCCACGAAGAUCAGAACAGAAGAUGGGAACUGGGACUGGGUGUUCAACGACACACCCGUCUUCUUCAUCCGCGAUGGCGCCAAGUUCCCACACUUUAUCCACACUCAGAAGAGGAACCCUCAGACACAUUUGAAGGAUCCUGAUAUGUUUUGGGACUAUCUCUCUCUGAACCCAGAGUCUGUGCACCAGGUCAUGCGUUUGUUCUCUGACCGCGGGACGCCAGACGGUUACCAUGACGUGCAUGGAUAUUCAGGGCAUACUUACAAAUGGACUAAGUCAGAUGGAACAUUUGUCUAUGUCAGGACUACUCUGCUUAGAGAUACCGGUUUUAAGACGCUUGACAGGGAGAAUGCAAGUGCAUUGGCUGGUAGCAAUCCGGAUUAUGGCACUCAAAAGCUUUUUGAGGCCAUUGAAGCGGGCAACUAUCCUACGUGGACUGUAUGCAUUAAGCAAACUAUGACCCCAGAACAAGCUGAAGGAUUUCGCUAUAACAUCCUUGACCUCACCAAAGUUUGGCCUCAAAAACUUUACCCUCUCCAAGAAGUUGGCCGGCUCGUCUUAAACAGGAAUCCGGAAAACUACUUCGCCGAGAUUGAGCAACUUUCCUUCUCUCCUUCAAACAUGGUCCCCUACAUCGAACCCUCUGCAGACCCUGUUCUCCAGGCGCGCCUCUUUGCCUACCCAGACGCCGCGCGCUACCGUCUCGGACCCAACUACAACCAGCUCCCCGUCAACUGCCCUCUCUUCCAAGCAGCCAACUUCCAGCGUGACGGCUGGGGAACGCUCUUUUCCCAAGGCAGUCGUCCGAACUACCAGAGUAGUACGCAGCCUCUAAACUAUCAGGAGAACCCUGGUUGGAUCUACGGCGAGAGUUGCGCAGGUGGAGAGGCGUGUGAUGAGGAGCGCAGGGUCAACCAUGAGAAUUUUGUCGGAGCAGCGUAUAGGGAUCUGAGUGAAUUUACUGAACUCGACUUAGAACAGCCCCGUGCUUUGUGGGAACUAUGGAGUGACACGGAACAGGAAGCUAUCGUUGGAAACCUGGCGUCGCAUAUGGUAAACAUCAAGAACAUCGGCAUUAUGAACAGGCAGCUUUCCGUCUUUGCUGCCAUUGACCAGGGGUUCAGUGAUCGUGUGGCCAGCGCUAUCGGCGUUGCCUCCGUGGCACCGCUCACGGUCAAACCGGCGUCGGAAGCGUCCAAGUUCAGGACCUACCGCGGCCUUUCCGUCAACCUCACCGCGAGCGCUCAGAACGGUGAUUUGACUCUUCAGCAGGUAUCGACUGAUGACUACUACUUGGACUAGUAAGCAACUAUUUAAGUAACUACUUUAUUGCAUGAUAGUGCAUGAUCCUUAAUAGGAUUUCGAUAUUUUGUUUUCAGGUUACCCUGGUGGCUGCUAUCGCCCUGCAAGUUGUGUUCAUGUAAGGCUUACCUGCUGGCGAAAGUUUUAAGUUACUACCAAGCUACAGCAGUUCUUCCGUAUUUCUCCGCCUUUCAAUGUGUACCUUGUCGCAUGACCCUGAAUAAACAUCAACCUG